UGACUAAAAAAAAGAAAAAAAUAGUCAAACAAAACAGAGGAAAAAAUAAAGUUGUCUCCUUUUUUCAUCAGUAACACAGUCAAUGAGCGUUCUUUCCGCCAUCGAACUUCUCUGAGGAAAAACAAACCCUAGAGAGAGAGAGAGAGAGAGAGAGACAUCAUCUUCACAGAUCCACCUAUGAAGACUCUCUUAUGGCUCCUCUUCAUCAGCUCGUUUCUAUCUUCUUUCGCAGAAGACGACGUCCUCUGUCUCCAAGGCCUAAAGAAGUCACUCACCGACCCUUCGUCACGACUCACCUCCUGGUCCUUCCCGAACUCCUCAGCCUCAUCGAUUUGCAAGCUCACCGGCGUCUCCUGCUGGAACGAGAAAGAGAAUCGCAUCAUCUCUCUCCAGCUCCAAUCUAUGCAGCUCGCCGGCCAGAUUCCCGAGUCUCUCAAGCUCUGCCGGAGCCUACAGUCUUUAGAUCUCUCCGGGAACGAUCUCUCCGGCGCGAUUCCUUCCCAAAUCUGCUCGUGGCUUCCUUACCUCGUCACUCUAGAUCUGUCCGGUAACAAACUCUCCGGCCCGAUCCCGACUCAGAUCGUGGAGUGUAAGUUCUUGAACGCUCUCGUCCUCAGCGACAACAAGCUCUCCGGUUCGGUUCCCACCGAAUUGAGCCGGUUAGAUCGGUUAAGACGGCUUUCUUUGGCUGGAAACGAACUCUCCGGCACGAUACCCUCCGAGCUGUCUCGUUUCGGGGAGGUCGAUUUUUCCGACAAUAACGGUCUCUGCGGGAAGCCCCUGUCGGGAUGCGGCGCGUUGAGCGGGAGGAACUUAACUAUUAUUGUGGUCGCGGGAGUUCUCGGGGCUGUCGGGUCGCUGUGUGUCGGUUUAGCGGUUUUCUGGUGGUUCUUUAUGAGAGAAGGUAGCGGGAGGAAGAAGAGAGGAGGAUACGGCGCUGGGAAGUCUAGAGACGAUAGCGAUUGGAUUGGUUUGUUUCGGUCCCACAAGCUUGUUCAAGUCACUUUGUUUCAGAAACCUAUCGUGAAGAUCAAGUUGAAUGAUCUCAUGGCAGCAACGAACGAGUUUAGCUCAGGGAACAUCGAUGUUUCUUCCAGAACCGGCGUCUCGUACAAAGCUGAUUUGCCUGAUGGGUCUGCGCUCGCGGUUAAGAGGCUUAGCGCUUGUGGGGUCGGUGAGAAACAGUUUAAGUCGGAGAUGAGUAAGUUAGGCGAGCUUAGACAUCCCAACUUGGUUCCCCUUCUAGGGUAUUGCGUUGUGGAGGAUGAGAGGCUGUUGGUGUAUAAGCACAUGCCUAAUGGCACACUGUUCUCUCAGUUGCAUAGCGGUGGACUGUGUGAUGCUGGUUUGGAUUGGCCCACUCGGCUUACGAUUGGCGUGGGAGCUGCUAGAGGUUUAGCUUGGCUGCACCAUGGAUGCCAGCCGCCGUAUUUGCACCAGUUUAUUAGCUCCAAUGUUAUACUUCUUGACGAUGAUUUCGACGCUCGGAUUACUGAUUACGGUUUGGCUAAGCUGGUUGGGACUCGGGACUCGAACGAUAGCUCGUUUAAUAACGGAGAUUUGGGUGAGUUGGGUUACGUGGCGCCUGAGUAUUCCAGCACCAUGGUUGCGUCUUUGAAAGGGGAUGUGUAUGGGUUUGGGAUUGUGCUUCUUGAGCUGGUCACGGGGCAGAAGCCGUUGUCUGUUAUAAACGGCGUGGAAGGGUUUAAAGGGAGUUUGGUAGACUGGGUGAGUCAGUAUUUGGGGACUGGUAGAAGCAAAGACGCGAUUGAUAGAAGCAUUAGCGGUAAAGGGCACGAUGAGGAGAUAUUGCAGUUCUUGAAAAUAGCGUGUAGCUGUGUUGUGUCUAGGCCUAAGGAGAGGCCGACGAUGGUUCAGGUAUAUGAGUCUUUGAAGAACAUGGCGGAUAAACAUGGUGUUUCUGAGCAUUAUGAUGAGUUUCCACUGGUUUUCAACAAACAAGAAGCUUGAGUAACUUUAGAAAGGUAUGAGGGAUCUACUCUGUAUCAAAAGCCUUUUGUUUACUUUAUAUCUCAUUCUUUGUUGCUUCUCCCACUGUUGUUACUUCUUACUGUUCUUGUGUUGUCUUGUGUCCUGCUUGUUGUAAAAUUCUGUACAUUCGUUGGGUCAUUAAUGUACUCUUUUGAAUGUAUGGGAUGAGAAGAUUUA